UCACAACUCACCGCAACAAUGAGUCCAUCUCGAACGGGCGAGAACUCGGAGCUGGAGCUCAACGAGUUUCUCUCAUCUUUUGUUCCUCAAGAAACUCAUUCUUCCAUUCGCGAAUCCGUGGUUCCUGGGCUUCUUACGGCUAUCUCCGCUAUCGGCAGGGAACUCAGAUCAUCACACCAUGUCACAAUUGUCGGCACCGAAAAUGCGUUUGGAGAUGAGCAGCUGAAUGUGGAUGUCUUGGCUGAGAAGAUCCUGCGAGACGAAAUCGCGAAGUGUCCGACUAUCUACACAGCGAGCAGUGAGGAAGAUCCCGUGGAACGAUCAACAAACGGCGGUAAAGACGACAGCAGCAGCAACGAGCGAUAUACUGUUGCUUUCGAUCCUCUCGAUGGCAGUUCAAUUAUUGGGCCUAAUUGGUCUGUGGGCACCAUUAUUGGUGUUUGGGAGGGAGUCACUUCGCUCAACCAGCCUGCCAAGAAGCAAAUUGCAUCCAUUAUUGGGGUCUUUGGACCGCGCACCCUCGCUAUCGUGGCCCUUCGAAUUCCUGGAACCCGCGAUGUAUGCUUCGAAGUUAACCUGGACGACAUCGACAAAAUCACCAUUGUUCGUCCAGAGAUUUGCUUUGCUCAGCCUCCGUUUAAGGCGCGAUACUUUGCCCCGGCCAAUCUCCGCGCAGCCGCCGAAAACGAAAAGUACAUGAACCUCGUCACCAAGUUCAUCAGCGAAAAGUACACCCUUCGAUACUCUGGAGGUCUCAUUCCCGAUCUCUUCCACGCCCUUGUUAAGGGUCAUGGCGUCUACAUCUCCCCCGUCACCGCAACCAGCAAGGCCAAGCUGCGAAGACUCUAUGAGCUGCUUCCCGUCGCGCUUGUCAUUGAGUGCGCUGGAGGUCAGGCUAUCGACCCCGAGACUGGCCUGAGAAUCCUGGAUACCCCUUUGAAGGGUUGUGAUGACAGGGCUGGUCUGAUUUGUGGGACAUCUGAAGAAGUUGAGGCUGUUAAGGAGGCGCUGUUGGGCUGA